GUGAUCCCACACAGGUAACCUCCCAAUGUAAGUUAAUUAAUCAAUAAUAUCCCUUGCAUAUAUAUUUGGCAAUAUAAUGAGCAAAAUGUUGUAAAAUCGGCCGGCCACUGACACCCAAACUCACUUUAUUUUAAAUAACAUUUGUAUAUUGUUACUGUUAGUAAUUUUUUUUUUAACACAGCUAAUUUCUAUAAUUCAAAAUGAUUUUUUCUCCCCUUUAUUUGAAACUGAACAUUUAUAUUAAAGCUUAUUUUUCACAAAUAUAUGAAUUUCAAUAACUGUUACGUUAACCCGAUUUAGCCUUUAUCACGGCAAUGCAGAAGAAUCGCUAUGAACUAACCACACCACAUUGUCUUAUUAUUUAAAAACAGUAAAAAUGAAUUUAAUUGUAUAUUUUUAUCAAUCGACAUUGUCAUUAUCGAGAUUAUGUUGCCAUGAAAUUCAGUUUUUUAACACAUGUCUGAGGUCAAAAUUUAAUUAAAAAUAUACCUAUCAUUUUCUAAUAAGUUAUAUUAAAAAAAAUGUGAGUUCAAAUUUCAAGUUUGUUAUAAGAUAUAUUAAAAAAGAAAAAUGUCUGAGUGCGAAGGUGUCAAUAUUUACGCAAGCGGCGACUAUCUGUUGGACGAGCGGCAGGGCUACUUGUGCAGUACUAUCGAACGGUUACGGGCCCACAUGAUCUCCCUCAAAGAGAAACUACAGGAAGAGAAGACGUUGCUCUCCGAGCUGAAGGCCGAGACCCAGUACCUCACCAGACAGCGGGCCGAAGUUUCCGAGGAUUACCAUCUCGGCAGCUACCAGAGUAUCAGUCAGAUCAGCUUGAGGCCUCCUAACAGUAAGGAACAUGCGGGUGACAUAGCAACAGCGAAAAAGCCUCCUGAAGAACCGAGGCAGAAUUUUGACAGGGUCCGCUAUGUACAAAGACUCAGAGAAAUUGAUAAUUUGUGUAAAGAGGAAAUGGCGAAGAUGAAUUGUGUAGUGGAGCAGAUGGAGCCGCUCAAGCAGAUAGCCAGUGACUGGAUGCUGGAAACGAGGCUGAAGGAAAUAAGCGGCACCUCGAUCUCCAAGGAUGUCAAUCCCGUCAUGCAGGGGAGCGCUGGUCAACCUUAUCGUACCGAGCCGGGGUUCGAACCCGCAGCGUUCGCUCACACCGCUUUCGCAGGCGAGGUCAUUGUCAUUCCACCUGAAAAAUCCACUCCACCGAUACCAGUUUUCAUGCCUGAGGGAAAGUGUGACGCGCCACCUGACUGCUCUGUCCUCAAGCCAACCCCCAUCAUCAAGACCUCGAAAUCGAGGAUUGAGUUGAAAUCGAAGAAGGAGUCUCAACUGGAGCUAGAUUGUAUGUUGAAACCUGUACCUCAAAAGAAUGCUGUUGCAGCGACUGAUAGAAAAAGUCAAUUAACGAAGGUGAAAAAGGAAACGCAGCCGAAGAAUUCCAGUUCUGAAGCCAGCCUCGCCUCAUUAGAGGCUCUCAAAGAGAAAAAUAUCACAUUAAUUGAAGCAGCAGACAAUAAAGAUAGGAAAGAUAAUGUCAGUCAAUUAGAUAAGAAAGCGGAAGAAGAUUGGAAGUCAACGGGAUCCGGAAAGACGUCAAAAAGCGCCAUUUCUUUAGAAUCUAUACAGCGCGCCUUCGCAAACCACCACAAAAAGAGGCGAAAAACAAUCAAGGGCGGAUCCAAUGACACAGACGCCGCCGGUAUUUUGCAGAAGGCUGACCAAGGGAGGGAGAUUAUGUCUUUGGAUAGAAAAAAGGUAGACCAGAAGGUGCAGGACAAACUGUUAGCUUACCUACACCCCAGUGCCAAGAAAAUUGUCAAGAACUGGGUCAUGGUUGGGAGGGAGAGGAAGUUGGAAGGCUUAGCCCGUAGGAAGGCAGAGCGCUACAAGAAGUGCAUCCUCAACCAGGACCACAACAAAGACGUCGAGCUUUCUCUUUGUGAAGAUGAUGUCAUCAAUAAGUUCCUGUACGUUGAAGAUGGUUACGUGUACACUCCUUUGUUUAUCAGCGAACCCGAAGAUGAAUUAAGUUCUAACGCCAAUAGUGUGAGUGAAAAUUAGUGUGACAAAAUAUAGUAACAAAAAAUAAAAAAAUAUUUUGUUGAAGAUACAUGUUUGAAGUAUAUGAUUGAUUUCAA